UCGCCACCGCCUCCACAAGAUGGCGGACGGCGGGGCAGCGCCCGCGCAGCCGGACGGGGAUGUGCCCGCAGCCCCGGCCGCCGGCGGCCGUAGGGAUCGCCAGCCCCGGAGCAGCGGCCGCCCGCCCAGCGCCCGGGAUUUGCAGCUGGCUUUGGCAGAGUUAUAUGAAGAUGAGGCUAAAAGACAGUCAUUGUGUUCUGACAAGCCAACAGCUACAAAGAUCAGUAACCCAAAGGUAUCACAGAGUCUUAAACUGGAUUCUCUUAAAAGGUUGAGAAAACCAGAGAGAAGCAUGAGUGAUGACAAAGAAAACCAAAGAUUUUAUUCAGGUGACUCAGAAUAUAGAGGAUUACAGAUCUCUGGGGCUUCUAAUAAUCCAAGUAAAAUUGUUGCUGAACUCUUCAAGGAAGCAAAAGAACAUGGAGCUGUCCCAUUAGAUGAAGCCUCAAGAGCAUCUGGUGAUUUCAGUAAAGCCAAGUCAUUUUCUGGUGGUGGAUACAGACUGGGUGACUCAUCACAAAAGCACUCUGAAUACAUAUAUGGAGAAAAUCAGGAUGUUCAAAUUUUGCUGAAACUGUGGAGGAAUGGAUUCAGUUUAGAUGAUGGCGAGUUGAGAUCCUAUUCAGAUCCAACAAAUGCUCAAUUUCUUGAGUCGGUUAAAAGAGGGGAAAUUCCUUUGGAACUGCAGCGACUUGUUCAUGGUGGCCAGGUAAAUUUGGAUAUGGAAGAUCACCAAGAACAGGAAUAUGUGAAGCCCAGACUGCGAUUCAAAGCCUUCAGUGGCGAAGGGCAAAAGCUUGGAAGUCUUACACCUGAAAUAGUCAGCACACCUUCUUCCCCAGAGGAGGAGGAGAAAUCCAUUCUUAAUGCACCUGUUCUGAUUGAUGAUUCCAUGCCAGCAACUAAAAUUCAAAUCAGAUUAGCAGAUGGAAGCCGGUUAAUACAAAGAUUUAAUCAAACACACAGGAUUAAGCAUAUUCGAGAUUUCAUUAUCCAGUCCCGUCCAGCUUUUGCAACAACGGAUUUUGUUCUUGUGACUACCUUUCCAAAUAAAGAGCUAACAGAUGAAAGCCUGACACUACAAGAAGCAGAUAUACUUAACACUGUGAUUCUUCAGCAAUUAAAGUAAUCUUGUGAUUGUUAUACAACAUAGGGACUCUGCUGUACUGUCAUACAAUAUGUUUCCAACGGAUGAAAGAAAGGUGAUAUCAGUGUCUUUUUAUUUCCUCUUUUCCAGGGAUCAUAUUUUUGGAUUUCAUGUCUUCCAGCUAUAACAUAUCUAACUCUUUUAUUUUAAUUUCUCAACAUUGUUCAGGUUUUUUUCAGUGUUAAGGUUCUGUAUGUUAAUAUGUUUCAAACCAUAUCUUAUACUAAAUGUGAAAUGAGAUAGGACUUUGUGACUCAUUUUUUUGAAGGGGGUAGGGAAAGAAGCAUUUUUCUGAAGGGGACAGUAUCUUUCAUAGAGUUGGUAAGAUUUGCACUAUGGAAAUGUUCUAUGCUGCAUUGACAAACAGCCAUUUGAAAACUUAGACUGUAGGUUAUGUUUACCUUGCAAACUGUAUAGUAUUAAGGUGUUCUUUUUAAUAGGUUUACAGAUAAUUAAUGCCCUAAUAUGAUUUUUGUAUGUUCUAUUUGUAUUGUUUCAUGGUGUAAUAUAAUAUUUAUAUUCUAGUUUUUAUGUCAUUUUCCUUGUAUUGUUGCUCGUAUGAGUGAAUCAGUUCAAGAGAUGCAAACCUCAGCUGUUGCAGACUAUAAUAGAAUGUUCUUAUUUGUAUUCUAGUUGUACUACUUGUAAUGAAAAUAAAUGUUUGUUUUUUUUUU